UUUCAAAGUCCCGCCCUAAAACAAUGCUGUGCUGCCUUCACUGACAGUGACUUCGGGAUGCCCUUCUCUGACGUCUUGGAUGCUCACGGUUUUGCAUCCAGGGGUGGAUGACAGCAGGAAGUGUGAUCAGCGAGCUGAGUAUUGCGCUGGUCUGAGAGUGGAAAGGAAACCGUACAUUUGGUGGAUGUGAGGGACUCUUGAAAUGUCACUGAGACAACCAGACGGGAUGUCUGUCGCCCAGGCUUUGGCCAUGACUGUGGCAGAGAUACCGGUCUUUCUCUACUCCACAUUUGGACAGUCCAUAUUUUCUCAGCUAAAGCUUUCCCCGAGCCUGAAGAAGGUGCUGUUUGCGACGGCACUCGGAAGCGUAGCGCUGGCCCUGACCGCUCACCAGCUGAAAAGGAGAGGCAGGAAAAGGAAACAGGCAGACCAAGUGAAGGAGGGCCCGAAGACUGUGGGAAUACCCGAGGCUCUGCUGAAGACAGGAAGACCCUCAUCUCUGAAGAGAGGCCCCAUUACCAGCCGCCAGGUGAUGAGCCCCAGCUCUCGGAGCAAUGACACCAUGAGUGGGAUUUCCUCGCUGGCUCCCAGUAAACACUCGAGUUCCUCACACAGCUUGGCAUCUACUAGAGUCCCAAACUCUCCCAAUCAGCCGAUUAACCCCUCCACUCCCUGGGAGGCGGAGCCUGUGGUGGAAGAAUCAGGAGCGGUGGAGGAUGCUAAUGCAGAGAACCUGUAUUUGAUGGGGAUGGAGCUGUUUGAUGAAGCACUGCGAAAGUGGGAACAAGCCUUAAACAUUCGUCAGCCAGGCAACUCGACCUCCAGUAACAACAGUCUUGCUCUGCAGGGGGCAACGUGCAGAGACUUUCUCACGAAUGAAGAUCGUAAUAAACUGUUUGCCGAGAAGCUGGAGACUCUCCUGCACAGGGCGUACCACCUGCAAGAGGAUUUUGGCGGCAGCAUCCCAGCGGAGAGCGUGCUGGCCGACUUUGAGAGUGAAGGAACUCUGAUCUUGCCUCGCGUAGAGAGUUUCCACCGGCUGCAAGAUGAGGAUGCGGCUUCAGUUUCGUCUGAUGACUCGUUUUUCUCCGCUGCAGAGCUGUUUGAAAAUAUAACUCUGGAUGAGAUGUACCCACCAAUGAAGCCAGCAGCUCUGUAUGAAGAAGCCUUGUCUCUGGAGCAGGAAGGCAGAGUGAAGUAUAGGACCUUGAGGACUGAAUUACUUGAAUGCUACAGUGACCAAGAUUUCCUCUCCAAGCUUCACUGUGUGAGACAAGCAUUCCAGGUCCUGUUGUUGGAUGAAACUCACCGCACGUUUUUUAUGGAGACAGGGAAACAGAUGGUUGCAGGGCUAAUUGUUAAGGCUAACAAGAGUCCCAAAGCCUUCCUGGAGAGCUAUGAAGACAUGCUGCUUUACACCCAGAGAGAGGAAACGUGGCCCAUUACAAAAAUGGAGCUGGAGGGUCGAGGGGUGGUGUGUAUGAACUUUUUUGACAUUGUUUUGGACUUUAUCCUGAUGGAUGCAUUCGAGGACCUGGAGAGCCCGCCCUCCUCUGUGUUAGCCGUUCUGAGGAACCGCUGGCUGUCCGACAGCUUUAAAGAAACGGCUCUGGCGACCGCCUGCUGGUCGGUGUUGAAAGCUAAAAGGCGUCUUCUUAUGGUUCCCGACGGAUUUAUUGCCCACUUUUAUGCCAUAUCAGAGCACGUGAGCCCAGUUUUAGCUUUUGGGUUUUUGGGACCAAGGCAGCACCUGAGUGAGGUUUGCACAAUUUUCAAGCAACAAAUAGUGCAGUACCUCAAAGAUAUGUUCGACCAUGACAAGGUCCGCUUCACCUCCGAGCAGUGCUUGGCUGAGGACAUCCUGAAACUUUCCCACCGCAGAAGUGAGAUCCUACUGGGCUAUCUGGGAGUCGACAGUCUGUUGGAGCUCAACGGAGCCAUGCCCAGAGACGCUGAGGGCCCCUACGGGACCAACAAAGUGUCAUGAAGCGCUUCGACAAAGAGUCUGAACUCCUCCGCGUUGAUCUCUGCGAGCCCUUGUGCUGUGACACACUGAGAAUCAGCAUUAUUCAGUCAAUUGUUCAUCCUUUGCUCCAUCUGUGCUCUUGAACACAACUACAUGUCAUGGGAUUUAUUUCACCAGGUCUCCUUGUUCCUGCUAAUGAGGGAGAGCGUCUGGGUCCUGGAUUCCUCUCGUCCCUCGUGUUGCUGCUUUGUUGCGUAUCCAGAAUGACGACUGUAAUCAAAUUAUCACAAACGUGUGAGGACUUGUUCCUGCGUCUACCUCUGCCUGGGGGCGAUUCAGAUACUUGGCGAAAACACGGCUGACAAACACUUCCAACACACGAGGACUUCGCCUUCUGUUGACCCAAACAAGAUUCUUCUGAGAACUGUUCGUCACCUGUGGGUUUGGGCUGAAUAUCUACCUUCACUCUGACGAGCAAAGAGAGAACUUGCUUUUGUGUUUUAUGUGAAAAACUGAAGGUUAAUUCUUAAUGAAAUCGCUGCUGCUUAUAGUUAUUGAAAUGAGAGAGGCAAGAUGGCCGUCACCUUAAUUAUCCCUAAAUCCUUCUUUAUUCCAGGAGUUCCAUCGAGCUGAAUAACACUGAGACGUAUCUGAGAUGGGGUUUUUGAACAAAUAAUCUAAAACUGGUGUUUCACAAUCCAAUUUGGCUUUUGGUUUGAAUUUGAAUUGAUUAUUUCCUUGGCGAACUGUAAGAAAAUGACAACUGAAUACAAGCAUAAAGCGUAAGCUUCAGAGCAGAGGAAAACUGAAACUGGCAUCCGAAAAAUUUGUUAGAUAACACGGUUUGUGAGACAUUUCUCUAUAAAUGUACAAUCAUCAUGAAUUAAUUUUUAGAACCUGUUCAGUUUUAAAGCUGCUAACCGGGCUUUUUGUUAAAUCAGUAAGACUCGCCUUAGGUAUAGCUUGUCAUCUGUAGAAUGUGUCGUGGCAGAUUUUUUUGUUGUUUAGUUAUGUGAUUUUUACUUGAGAUAAAAUCCUCUAGUGACAUCACACAAGGCACCUCAUCCAAGUUCCUUUGUUUACACCUAUUUAUUUGUUCAACCUUAAUUGUGUUUUUAAUGAAAUUCGCUCUUCAAAGGUAAAUGCUUGCACUCUAUCCGGAUACAGCAAAGCGUUUGAGCCUCAUGUGAGAACGCUUUUAUGGAUUUCAGGAAAAUGUGGUUACAGUGAAACACGGAAGAUGUAAAAAGGACCAGUGCAGAUGAGAUCCAUGGUACUGUCAGCCAUUUCUCUCAGAUUGCAGGAGUCAAAUUUGGACUCAAAUGUGCAAAGUUAAUCCUCAAUGCAACGUGGAAUGUUUCAGUUCUGUUUCUUGUAAUAUCAGCGUCCCCACAUAAACACAAAUUCAAAUUUAGUUAUUUUCUUGGAUGUGCUUCAAAAAAAUGUUUUGUGAAAUCCUACAGUGGAACUUUGUAACUUCAUUGUCAGUGUUCAAUUGGUAUCGAACAGUACGCCUUUUGGGAGUAUCUUUAAUCUUCUAAACCCAAGCUUUUAGAAUAGAUUAUGAUACAAAGUUUAAAGUGUUAAAAUAUUGAACAAUAGCACCAAGUAUUGAAAAGGAUACUUUUGGAAUCCUAAAUUUGAUAUUCUGCAUCAAUGUUUGUUUCUUUGUGAGCUACAUUAUUGAAGACAGUACGGGAAAAGAAUCUCUCUUCUGUUCAAGUAAAGAGUCACGUAAACCAGUAACUUAUUUUCCAUGGGCAUUGUUUGUGGAUUGACUUGAGUCAUUUAGGUUAGACUCCCAGCUAUUGCAUAAACUGACUCCCUUAUGUUUUUUUUUUUUUUCUGGAAUUAUACCAUCCCUCUUAACUUGUUUAGUCAAGUACAUCUGACAAAUUCAAACCCUCUGGGAAAUAAUACUUACUGAAAACACACCCUCAAAUCACUGCAACACAUACAUUAAACUGAGACGGUGCCAAGUGGUAGACGUACGAGUUAUUCUGGUGUCAUGAAGGCUAGUAAGUGAAGGACGGAGUGGUAGCUUACCUAAGUGCACUGACGGAAGCCCUGAAGUUUUCUGGGUCACAGAAACCCAAAUUGGGGCAACAAACUGCCUAACUAAAUUGACCUUUCUUGUGUAAUCCUUCACUACUAGUGGUACUACUGUAAAGAUGGAGGCACAUUGUAGUUCAGAUAUUAAAUUGACUUCAUUAAAUGAAUCAACUAUCUAUAUUUAUUUGAAUCACUGGAAGAGCAGCAGUUAAGUUUCCAUCUCGUUCCAAUUUUAUUCCAGUAAUUCGUCAGAUCAACAGCUCUUUGACGUUAUUUUACUUCUGUUUUGUGGCAACGAUGAUUCAAACUGCAGUUGUUCUAAUGCACUUCCGAAAUUCAUAGCCGAGAAACGCUGUUCAUCCUCCUGAACUGUUCUGACCGCGCAUCGUCUGUACUGUUGCUUUUAUUGGACAGCGGUCUGACUUGAAGCAGAGCUGCAAAUGUGCGAGGCAUUCCUGCAGUAAAUGGUCUGGUUUGCAGCUUUGCAUUUUUAACCGAUUUGCACUUUAGCAGCAAGAUGAGGCAGAAAAUAUUUCUUAUAAACAUCCGCAUGAGAGUUCCCAUGUACAAAUUGUCCGAUUAUUUAUUGCGACACAUGACUUGUAUGUAUAAAAUGAAGCAUAUAGCUGCUGUACAGUCUAGCAAAGUUAUCUUAAAAGACAAAAACUAUAUUAUGAAAAGUUUGUACAAUCACAAGGCUUUGUUGAAGUGCCCAUCUUUAAAUAAUUUUUGUUUUGCUUUGUGCGAUAUGAUCUGAGAUGAAAUGCUUUAAUAUGUAUAACCUGUCUGAAUCAUGGAGAGUUUUUUUUUUUCUCCCCUUUUCUGGAUAAAUGAACUGCCUUUGCAUGUUAGCAUUUUAAGUUCUUUAAAAUGCAUCAGCGUAGCACUGCACAUGCACUAUACCCAAGCUCAACCUGAUUUGUUGGAUAUUUUAAGUUCUAAUUAGAUCAAAUCUAAAACAUUUUUUAUGAAUUACUACAAUUUAAGCAUGGGCUGUAAUAUUUAGAUUAUUUUAGACUUUAAAGAGGGUUUCAGAAGGCCAAAAUGUUUAUUAUGCCCCCUCCCCCUACUAAUGUAUGCUACAUUACAGGUGUCCUACUCAUGCCUUUUGUCUUUUCUAUUGUUGUAUUGCACUGUCUGUAAACUGAUUUACAUCCUCUGUAUUAAAUCUUAUUUUUUGUUAUUAAAUUGGUGUUAAUUGGG